AUGGAAAUGGACACCGACGACGAAGACGCCUGCGUUAGUGGGGUUACAAGCACAGGCGCUAAAGCUGUGUAAACACCUGUUUACAUCCUGCACCGACACGUGCACCUCCGGCAACCCAAGGCCCCUACGUUCGCGUCUUGCGACAUACGUCUUACUAUCCAGAAUCUAGAUGAAUAUUCGAAGAGCAGAGCCGAAGGAUCUCACCAAGAUACAGCAAUGCAACUUGCACAACCUCCCUGAGAACUACCACAUGAGAUUCUGGGCCUAUUCCUUCAUAACAUGGCCAGAAGUUUCGUUUCUCGCAGAGGACAGCAGUGGGCGCGUAGUGGGAUAUGUGCUCUCUUCAAUAGAGCCAGAUGAGAAAUACCCUUGGUUGCAAGUCGGUCAUGUGAACUCUCUAUCCGUACUCCGAACAUACCGUAGGCUAGGUAUCGCGAAGCGAUUAAUGCUUAUGUCAAAAAAGGCCAUGAUUGAAUCAUACAACAUAGAGUACAUUCAGCUCCAUGUACGCAAAUCCAAUCGACCUGCCUUCACUCUGUACAGCGAGAAGCUUGGCUUCAAAAUCCACAGGAAAGAGGUCGGAUACUAUAACGACGGCGAAGACGCAUACUCAAUGAGGAUCGCCCUGAAACCACGGAGCUUCACCCAUCGACUUGGUCGCACUGUUCACAGAUUUAUAUAUGCUCGGCAAAGGGCAGUUGCAAACUGGACUUUGAGAUGCUCAAAACGAGUGAGCCAAAUAAAGUGAAGAUACCAAAUCGCUUGCCAGUAUUGUCUUGUUCUUACUUCAUGCUGUCCCAUAUGGAGGACACGCCUUUGUAUACUAUCCUGUCCGUAUAUCCACUUUAAUCAUAUUUCAGAUCAAGCAACAUUUUGACAUGACAUUACGUCUAUGGUUGGUAUCUCAGCCCAUUUCAUUUUCCACCUACAAUUUCCACCCUCCAGCGAG